UGCAAAAAUGGAGCAGUUUGUCGAUAGGUGCCGAUUGUGCUUGGAUGUGGUCGAAGGCCCGAUGGUGGAGCGAGUGGAGAACCUCCCCAAAGUGUUUCUGUUUUCGCUCGACACAACCGACCCAUCGUGGCCAGUGAACGUGUGCAGCAACUGCUUUUCGCUGGUGGAUCGUUUCUACAAAUUUUCCACCACUGUGCACCACAACCAGGAACGCCUUCGUACAGUAACGGAACAGCAGCUGGCCGAGGUAAAGAUAGAAUCUCCACCGGAGCAGGAAAGAGUUGUGGCGGAGAGUGUUACGAUAAAAGUGGAAGAGUACGAUGGUCCUGGCAUAGUAGAAAUUGUCACCGAAGAAGUGGUUCAAAACGAUGAGGCCGACAGUAGUGCAUCGGAGGAAGCGUGUAGUCUGGAUGAUCGUCAGCCGGAAAGCGGUGAAGAAGAAUCCACAUCCAUCCGCAGCACUAGCAAUUGGCAGAAGCACCGAAAAAAGGCUGAACGUGAUCACUCGGCGAUGGAACAGGAAAACAAACUCAUUGCCGAGUACUUUCGCUUUUCCUGCGAGGUGUGUCACCAAACGGUCGAAAACUUUAUCAUGCUAAAACGACACUACCGAACGGAACACGGGCGAGCCGGGUUCGUGCGGUGCUGUGAGCGGAAGCUGUUCAAACGAUGCAACCUGUUGGAGCACGUAAAGGUGCACCUGAACCCGUCACUUUUCACGUGCGAAGUGUGCGGUAAGUCUUACCGCUCGAAGGAAUAUCUGCAAAGACACCAGCAGGAAUCGCACGACACAACGCUGGAAAGAAAGUACAAAUGUACGGAAUGCAGCCACAGUUUUCUGCGCAAACAUCUGCUCACCGCUCACCUGGCCCGGCACGUGAAGGUACAGUGUAGCGAGUGUGACCGAGUGCUGUCCAGUAAGGCUGCGCUAGGAAUCCAUAUGCUUAAAAUUCAUGGCAACGCGGGAGGUCAGAUAUGUGACAUCUGCGGUCGCGAGUUUCGGACGAAAACAUCGUUCGACAAGCACAUACGGAAGCAUAAUGCGGCGUACGUACCGGAACGCUUUCCGUGCAAUUUCUGCGGUAAGAAGCUCAUGUCCAAGGUGGGUCUGAAGAAGCACGUGCUCGCCAAGCACACGACGUUCGACGAGGAGUUCAUCUGCACCGAGUGCGGUAGCCGAUAUCCGCACAAGCUGGCCCUCGACAACCACAAGCGGAAGGUGCACAUCGAGGAGAAGUACGAGUGUGAGUUUUGUGGCCGUCGCUUCAAGAACACAAUCAGUCUGCGCGAACACCGAGCAAUACACACCGGCGAGGAGCUGUAUAACUGCGAGCACUGCGCGGUCACCUUUAAGUCAAAGUCCAACAUGUAUGCCCACAAGAAAAAGGUUCACCAUAAGGAGUGGGCCGCUGCCAAGAUGCAAAAGGCCCUAGCAAGCACUCUGUAACGGACGGACACGGCUAGCGACUCAUACCGCGCACGAUCACCUAAAGAUCCACUCGCUUCUCCAUUUACUUGUUAAAAGUAUUGUGUGCCAAUCGUUGCUUAAGU